AUAAAUCUCAACUUGUUUUAUGUUGUGGUACACAAUUCUUAUAUCAUGAACUUGAAACAUGAAUGAAGAUUAAAAUAGAAACCAGCACUUAAUACAGACACGUUCUGACGUCCACCGAACCUCCUCUCCAGUGGCUCCUGGUAUCUGUCAUAGGUAAAGCACACUCUCAAUCCUAAUCUAGUGCCAAUGAUAAGAAUGCAUGGAGCUAUACCUCCACUCCCCCAAUAUACAUGCAUGGCACAGUGCUCAAUCAGGCACUAAGGAGUAGGGACAUUCGUCAUUAAGUCUUAAGAAACUAGAAAUAGCUUAGUUAAAAAGGCAUUCUGGAUCUAAAUAAAUGAUAUCUACAUGUGUUUAUGCCCAUUUUCAGCUCUGCUGAUAGCAAAUUUUUAGUUAGCUGGUUGAAGAGAAGUGAUUUUGCUGUGGAAGUUUCCUUUGAAGACAGUGAAUGACUACAAUGAAGACUUUUUCACCCAGAUCAAAAUUCAAAUUUUCAGGUUCCACUUCGCGUAGUUACGGGUCUUGUGCUGGAGAAGUUCACGCUGGGGCUGGUGCAGGGGCCCGGAUAGGUGCAAGUACUACCCUCACACAGCUGCUAGAGACAACACCUCUUGUUGCAUCAUGUGCCAGCGAACAUUCUUCUGCCUCACCAAUUAGUGGGGACCUGCCCACAGCUCAUACAUCCACUACAGGUCACCUGUUACCAUGUAACAGCAUGAUGCAGCUAGAGGAAGAUGAUGACAAGGAAACAACAUCACUAAUGUCACACGAGGCCUUAAUAGCAGAGAUCAAGCGUUUGCGCGAGCGACUUAUAACGUUGGAAACAGAGAAUGCAUCCAUGAGCAUCAAAUUAAACCAGCAACAGUGGGAGGUUGAGCAUCGCCUGGCAGAGAUAGAGAUGCAGAUCUGUGGAGCCAGUAGUGGUGGGAGCAGCACAGAGGACAAUGAACGCAAUCGUGAAUCCAUCAUUUAACACCAGAGACUGCUGCUGCCUGGCAGCAGCCAUCAUAAGUCACUCACUCUAUCACCGCACCUUGUUCACCACAAGCCCUCUCAGUUUCACAUGGCCUACGUGGUGGUGCAGUUUUGCUUGUUUCAGAUUGUGGUGAAGUUGGAAUGCUUCUUGGCUAGUGUGUGUGUGUGUCAGGUAGUUUAAUAUAAACAAUCCUGAUAUGAAGGACACUAGGCUGUGUAUGUGUGUGGUUAACACAAGUAGUGCCGACAUACUGGCACGGGUACACAGACUGUGUGGUAGAGUAACAAACAUUAUAACCAUUUAGUACUGAACUUCAUCUCCAAUAUCCUGACAUCCUGAGACAGCCAUUCCUUGGUGAAACUCAAGAACUUUGUUCAAAUGCAAUUAUUUUGGAAAAAAAUCUUAAUGUUUAUUUUCUUCCACCAAACUUCUUGCACGGCACACGAGAAUUUUAUUUGAGAAUCAAGAUUCUCCUUUCGAUAUUGACACAGAAGGUAUCAGAAGGAAAAAUUUUAGUCAGCGGGGUGCAAAAAUUAUGGACCAUCAUUAGCACUGAGCUUAUAAUAUAUGUUACCGCGUCACUAAAUUCUAACAGAGUGAAAACAUCAGUGCUUAUUCAAUGAACAGAUUUUAAAUAUCAUGUAAUUUAUAGUAUUUCAUUUCAAAAUAUCUGACAGGUAGAAUAAAGUAUAUUAAUAUAAAUCUAUUUCCAUUUUAGUGCCAGAAAACUUUAUGCUGUAAAUUUAAAAGUGGUCAUAUAUUAUAACAGCAAUUGAUAUGGGAAGAAAGUGACAAGCAACAGGCAUAGUAAUACAUUCAUCUCCAAAAGUACUCUCUAUUAUGGAAAUAAUAUGGUAAGAUGAAGAGUAAGAUAGGAUAGCUCAGACACUUCAGUAACUGGGCUACAGACUGGAUGAGUAGGGUUCAAUUCUCAGUAGUGGAAGGGAGUUUUUUUUUUCAUUUCCUCCACAUUCAGACCAGCUUGUUUUCAGUGUGUACUGGGGACUCUUCCCCAUAUAUGAAGUGACUGGAGUAUCGAGCUGACCACUCAUCUCCAUCUAGCGCCAAGGUUAAGAAUAUACAUCUUCAUGGCAUGGUGUUUAAUGAGACGCAGGUAUCUUUUGCAUGAAAAUGAUCACAAGAUAUUUACGCACAUAGAACUGGCUCAGUAUAGAAUUUGAGCUUUCGAGUUUGCUAACGAUGGGAAAAUUUCUUGAAAAGUUUUAACACUUUAUAAAAAAAAACAUUAGUAUUCUUGUUCUUCCAUUCAGAUUACAAACACAAUAAAACCUUUGCACAGCCCAGAAAGUUCUGCAGUAUGCAUAAAAUCACAGGUUGUGAAUGCUGAUACAUGAUAUGAACCUAAAUUAUUGUGACAAACUUCACAGAACUCCACACUGAAGUUUUCUCAGCCUUUUCUGACUCACAGUCUAGUAAAAGAUUAGCAAAUUUCCCAAAGAAGGAUAACCCUAUUUAUCCCACAGCAAGCAUUGUAACAGUCUGAAAAUGUAAUUAUUACUAGCAUAUCUAUUCACAAUAAAAUUUUAAAGCCUUUA